GGUUCGAGGGGGUCCGAAGACGCCGGUUUAUGACGGGGAGGCUUGCGUGGAGGUUGCCUCUCUGUCCUUUCGCUCCCCGGGCCCUCGGGAAAAACCCAGCACACCGGCCCCGCGGCCAGCCCCUUCCGCCAGGCUCUCUCCGCUCGAUUUCGCCACCGUUAUGUGGGAAGCGAAUCCGGAGAUGUUCCGCAGAGCAGAAGAAUUCUUAUCCAAGACUGCAAACAGCGAGACGGAUGAGAUGGACACGUCGGACACGCAGUGGGGCUGGUAUUACCUGGCGGAGUGCGGGAAGUGGCACAUGUUUCAGCCGGAUACCAACAUUCAGUGUUCAGUUAGCAGUGAAGAUAUCGAAAAAAGCUUCAAAACAAACCCUUGUGGCUCCAUUUCUUUUACUACUUCCAAAUUCAGCUACAAGAUAGACUUUGCAGAAAUGAAGCAGAUGAACCUCACCACUGGAAAACAGCGCUUAAUAAAAAGAGCCCCUUUUUCUAUCAGUGCUUUCAGUUAUAUCUGUGAAAACGAGGCCAUCCCCAUACCGCUCCACUGGGAGAGUGUGAACGCCGACCUGCCCUAUCAGCUCAUUCCUUUGCACAAUCAAACACACGAAUACAAUGAAGUUGCGAGUCUCUUUGGGAAAACAGUGGAUCGCAACAGAAUUAAGAGAAUUCAGAGAAUUCAGAACCUAGACUUGUGGGAGUUCUUUUGCAGGAAAAAGGCUCAGCUCAAGAAAAAAAGAGGUGUGCCUCAGAUUAAUGAACAGAUGCUAUUUCAUGGCACCAGCAGUGAAUUUGUGGAAGCCAUUUGCAUUCAUAACUUUGAUUGGAGAAUCAAUGGAAUACACGGUGCCCUCUUUGGAAAAGGAACCUAUUUUGCUCGAGAUGCUGCUUAUGCCAGCCGCUUCUGCAAAGACGACGUAAAGCACGGAAACACAUUCCAGAUUCACGGCGUAGCCCCGCAGCAGCAGCAUCUGUUUAGAACGUACAAAUCUAUGUUUCUUGCCCGAGUGCUGAUUGGAGAUUACAUAAACGGAGACUCCAAAUACGUGCGCCCUCCUUCCAAAGACGGGAGCUACGUGAAUUUGUAUGACAGCUGUGUGGAUGACACCUGGAAUCCCAGGGUCUUCGUGGUGUUCGACGCCAACCAGAUCUACCCCGAGUACUUGAUAAACUUUCAUUGAUUUCAUUUCCAAGCUUCCGUGGUCGAAGAAGUUUUCUUUUUCGCAGGGAGAUCUGCUUGCCGGUCACCUAGCUGCUCAAUGUUAAUUAUCUGAUCCUUUUGAAGCAGAUACGAAAGAAAGAGGCCUCCCUAUAAAAAGACGUAGUGACUUUAGGGUUGGUUUGUUGUUGUUUUGUUUUUGUCCAUUACUCAUGUUUGUUACUCAUGUUUGUUACAGAUCGAUACCAUUGCUGUUUUAACACCUGGGGUGAAACACAGCGCUCAAAACGCAAUCAGCUGAGUCCCUCCACCUUUAAAGUUUACAUCCGUGUCUUCAGGGUAAAUG